AUGGCGUUUGGAAGAAAUGCCAAUACUCCAGCAGACAGUGAAACACAAGGCAACACCCACAUCAGUGAAACACAAGCAGAUUACAAUAUUAAUGUUGAUGAUGAAGUACAGCAAACACAACAAAGAUCAACAAUCCCUGAAGGAAAGGAUGCAAGCAGACCACUUUUAGAAGAAGUUACAUUCUGUGGUGCAGGAAACAGUAAAAAUGCUAGAGGUUCUAAACAGUGGGUUUGUAACCAUUGUAAAGGCAAGUUUACCAGCUCGUACACCCGAAUCCAUGUCCAUUUUUUUGGACCUGCUGUAGGGAAAACCGCCGAUAUUAGAAGAUGUCCUAUCAUGGUUAAAGAUCAACGGAAAAGAGAAAGUCUUAGGAAGAAGGUUACAGAAGCAGAAAACAGUGGAGUUGCAAAGUGUUUGAAGAAUUCCGUUCUCUCUAAAAAUGCAUCUUCAAGGAAACGCAUUGAAGAAUCAUUUGGAAUAUUAGAGAGGAACGUGGUGGACUUGAAGAUAGUUCGAGGAUUAUGUGCCAAUGGAAUCCCUUUCAAUAUUUUACGUAACCCGCAAUUCCUUGAAAUGAUUAGCGCCAUCAAGAAUGCACCGGAUGGAUACAAACCCCCAUCGUGUGAAAAAGCGAGAACUGUAUUACUUGAUGAAUGUGUUAGGGACGUUGAGAAGGAGCUUACACCGAUUAAGGACACGUGGAUCACACAAAGAGUCUCAAUAGUCUCAGAUGGGUGGUCUAAUGUGAAACAUAAUCCACUCAUCAAUGUCCUUACGGUUAAUUCCCGUGGUGCAACAUUCAUGUACGCGGAAGACUUUUCGGGGGUUGAAAAAUCGGGGGUAGAAAUUUCAAAGUUUCUAGUUGGAGCCAUCGAUAAUAUUGGACCAAGUAAUGUAUUACAAGUUGUAACCGAUAACGCGGCUAAUUGCAAGGCUGCCGGGCGGGAGAUCGAAAGGAUACACAAACAUAUUUUUUGGUCCCCAUGUUGCGUGCACACCUUAAAUCUCAUUUUUAAGGACUUGGCGAAGGAAUUUUAUUGGCUAGAGGAGACCUAUAAGAGAGGCAAAGGUAUUGUCAAGUAUUUUAUUAACCACACACAUGCUUUAUCAUUUUUUAGGGAAAACUCAACUCUAGAGUUAUUGAAGGUUGCAAAGACUCGUUUUGCCUCACACUACAUAGUUUUGCAUAGAUUAAUAGAGUGUAGGGAGGCUCUUUCUACAACCAUUGUUCUUAAUUCUUGGCGGGAAUGGGUCAAGAAUGGGGACGAAGCCACUCGAAUAGUUGGGUCAAAAAUCGUCGAUACAGUCAAAGAUGAUCAGUUUUGGGACGAUGUUGAAAAUAUAUUGGCCAUCACAAAACCAAUAUUUUUGUUACUAAAAUUUUGUGAUGGUGAAGGUCCCAAAAUGGGAGAGAUUUAUGAAAGGAUGGACAGCAUGCUAGGUGAAAUCAAGGAUGUCAUGAGGGAAAAUAAAUAUGCAAGUUAUUACCCUCAAGUUGAAAAAAUUGUUUUGGAUAGGUGGGAGAAGAUGACAAUCCCCCUUCAUUGUUUGGGAUUUGCCUUAAAUCCAAAAUUCUAUGAUAAGCACUACCUAGAAAAAUUGGCACCCGAUGGCAUGGCACGAAAAGCUCCCAACCAAGACAAAGAAAUUGUACUUGGUGUUAUGGAGGCGUUUGAUAGAAUCGCGGAGAAAAGGAAUUUACUCUAUGACCUCAACUCAAAUCGAUGCCGUAACCAUGGACGGAAUUGA